AUGGCGAAGACAAAGCAAAGCAAGACUGCUAGCAAGCCUAAGUCGGAGGUCAAACCAUCCUCAGCUGUUAAAAAUGCGUCAGUCACUAAGUCUUCCCAGACCCCCAAUGUCAAGGCCAAGCAGGUCGCAAAGGAGACCGCUACCAAGGUUAGCAGCAGCAAGAAGACCAAGAAGCCGGUUGUCAAGGCCGCAACACCCUCUUCCGACAGCGAGUCUUCUGAAUCAUCCGAGUCCGAGUCCGAGGCUGAGGCUGAGGCCAAACCAGUCGUCGCAAAGACCAACGGAAAGGCGAACGGCAAGGCCAAUGGAGCUUCAAAGAAAGAGGUAGAUUCCUCUGAUUCUUCUGACUCCGAGGCCGACAUUAACUCCCCCAAGUCUGCCGCCGAUUCCGACAGUGAAAGCAGUGACGACUCUAGCUCUGAUUCCGACAGCGAAGAGGAGUCUAAGCCAGUCGCUGCUGUGAAGGAGGUCGCCCAGAAGGUGGUCACCAACGGAAAGGCUGUUGUUAAUGGUGCUGCCAAAGCUGUGGCCAAGGCUACUGAGUCUUCUGAUUCUGAGGACGACUCUGACGACUCCGACGAUUCUUCCGAUUCCGAUGCCAAGACCAAGGAUACCAAGAUCAAGGGCAUUAAGACCAAGGAUGCUGCGAAGGCCAAGGGCUCCGACUCUGGCUCCGACUCUGGCUCUGACUCCGGCUCUGACUCCGGCUCCGACUCUGGCUCCGACUCUGGCUCUGAUUCGGGGUCUGACUCUGACUCUGGUUCAGACUCGAGCGACUCCGAGAGCGAGGAGGAGGCCGCCCCAUCUAAGAAGCGCAAGGCUGACGACGAGGUUGCUGCCCCUGCCAAGAAGACAAAGACCGAGACUGCUGAGGACACCGGAUCCAAGAACUUGUUCGUCGGUAACUUGAGCUGGAACGUUGACGAUGAGUGGCUCAUGCGUGAAUUCGAGGAGUUCGGAGAGAUCUCUGGCGCCCGUGUCAUCAGCGACCGUGAGAGCGGCCGAUCCAAGGGUUUCGGAUACGUCGAGUUCACCAGCUCUGCUUCUGCCGCCGCUGCCCUUAAGGCCAAGAAAGGUUCCUUGAUUGAUGGUCGUGAGGCCAACGUCGACUUCUCUACUCCCCGCUCGGAUGCCCCUCCCAAGGACCGUGCCCAAGGUCGCGCUGCUGCCUUCGGUGACAGCACCAACCCUCCUUCUGACACUCUCUUCUUGGGUAACUUGUCCUUUGAUGCUGAUGAGAACACUGUUGGUGAGGCCUUCGGCGAGCACGGAACUGUCGUCAAUGUUAGACUCCCAACUGACCAGGAGACUGGCAACCCCAAGGGUUUCGGAUACGUUACCUUUAGCUCCAUCGACGAUGCCAAGACGGCUUUCGAGGCCAUGACCGGUGCCGAGAUCGCUGGACGCCCAGUCAGACUCGACUACGCUACGCCGAAGCCAGACCGCUCUGAGGGUGGUGGCCGUGGAGGCGGACGCGGUGGACGUGGUGGACGUGGUGGUUUCGAGCGUGGAGGACGCGGAGGUGGCCGUGGACGCGGUGGCUUCGGUGACCGUGGCGGACGUGGAGGUGGACGUGGUGCUUCUACCAACAGAGGUGGCUUCGGCGACUUCAAGGGUAAGAAGCAGACAUUCUAA